AUGGAUCACCGCUAUUCCUCAGAUUUCAAUGAUGCUAGAAACGUCUGGGGUCAUAAGUUUAACUGGACCCCUGACCAUCAGACCGCACCUGAGAUUGCUCACUUGCUCUAUUCGUAUGAUAAGCUAGCUACAGAUGCUUUGGAUCGUCUGGACUACUUCUCCCCGCCGACCUCGAAAGGAUGGAAGUGCCCUCACGGCUCUGGUCCUGGGCAGAGAGACCUGUAUGAGCUCCUGAAGAAACACGCCGACUCGGAUGAGAUACUGGGGAAGCUUUGGAAUGAAGCCUCUACAGUACCUGAGUGGGUUGACUGGGACCAGAUUCAGCGUGGACAGCAGGUAGUAUAUCAGUUCAGCGGACAGAUUAUGUUCGGACUUCUAUAUAACUCGCUGCUAGGUGGAAUGGGCGCAUAUCGAGUUGUCGAAACUCUUUCGAGGACAGGAGGGUUUGGUGUUAACGUCACUAGACGUCGUCUGUUGGAAACAUUGCAACAUUUCAUGGAGGUUAUCGAAGAUAUUGAUGCAAUAAAGCCGGGCGGGAAGGGCUAUGUAUCUUCAGUGCGAGUACGCCUUUUACACGCCUCGGUUCGAAGACGACUUAUGCAACUCGAGCAUGAGAACCCGGGUUAUUUCGACAUGGAGAAAUGGGGAGUGCCAAUAAACGACAUGCACUCCAUUGGAACUAUCUCGGUGUAUUCCGUGGCCAUCGUCUAUCUCGCUUUGCCUCGACAGGGCGUCCACUUGACCGACCAGCAAACCGCUGACUACUUCGCUCUAUGGCGUUAUGUUGGAUAUCUUCUAGGAACGCCCGUGGAUUGGAUGGCCACGCCAGAACAAGCCAAAGUUCUAUGGGAGUCAAUCGCAGUAUCUGAGAUAGCCCCGUCGAAGAACUCCCAGAUCCUCGCAAACAACAUCCUCACAGCAGAAGCUCGAGUUCCACCGCUGAAUCUGCCUCGGGAGGUACUCGCUGCCCAUGCGUACAGGCUCAACGGAGACGAACUCGCCAAUGCCCUUGGUAUCGACAAGCCGAGUCUACGCUUCCGUGCUAUUGUGUGGUUGCAGUGUGCUUUUCUCUUCUUGUUGAGCUACAGUUACCCCUGGCUGCCAACUCACAUGCAGAAAAGACGAGAGCAAAAAUUCAAAACCUUUGCCAACUUCAUGGUCCACAACAAAAAAAUGGGUGGUAUCGGCGAUCCCACCACUUUCGAGUUCCAGUAUCUCCCUCGCCUCGGGAUGCUCACAGAGCUGGGCAUGGACAAGAAACAGGAGGCAGAGCAGUCCGCAUCAGCUGGUUUCUCCAAACCCAUGAUCGUCUUGAGGAAGGCAGUGCUCGUAGUCGGGACGAUUGCCGGAGCUGUAGCAGCGGUGAGCCUCGUCAGAUUCGUGGGCGUAUCGAGUAUACCGCGCCAUCUACUAUCCGCUGUCUUGGCGCAGCAAAGCCUCACAUGGGCUGAUUAG